AUGUCCGAGUCUCUGUUUGAGCAGCUGCCCACCAAAGCGCUCUCUCAGAUUGUUGAAGCGCUGGAGAACACGUCUCCUUCUUCAGUCUUCAAUUUACUAUUUAUAAAAGCUAGCAAAGCAGCUGCAGAGCGUGUGAUUUACAAGUCAAUCACACUCCGAGGGCCACACCCCACCAACCGAUCACCAUGGUCUCGCACAAAGUGCCUCAUCGACCGCAUCGUGGAUUCCGAUGAUGUAGUAUCAUCCUAUAUCUAUGAGCUAGAGAUUGAUAAUUGGUCUGGGCCGUACUUUCCUGAGUUUGAUGAGGCUGUACUGGAGAAGAUCCUGCGGAGUCUGAAGGCGCUUCAUAGUUUCAGCUGGAAAACAGAGCGUUUUAUCCCAAAAAGCGUAAAAGCUAUAUUUCAUGCUCGUUUCCCCUCCGCUCGUCUUUGCUACACCAACACAAGCAGAGGACGAGAUGCUAACGCUGGGAGAGAAUACAACAUGGUGAUGGAUCUGGAAAUCCUAACAUCGCCUCAACUACACAGCCUUUCAUACACCUUCCUCAAAGAAGACAGCGGUUCAUCCCGCUCCGAAUUGCCAAUCAUGGCACGCAUCAUGACUGCCAGUAAGAAUCUUCGUAUCCUCCGUUUUGUGUGUGAGCCCGACAGGCGAUUCCACUUUGAGGAUUACUAUGGAUUUUAUGAAAGAUUCGGCUCUGAUGGACACGGUUCCAAAAAUCUACCCUUCAGCGCAUUCACACUAGACGACCAACUAGAGCCUCUUGAAGAACUUGCAUUCAGCUCCGAUCCUCUACGUGCCGAGUCCUUCUAUGAUUUCUCGGAUAGCCAUUGUAACGCCUGGAGAUAUUGUAUGGACUGGAGCAAGCUGCGGACUCUUGACCUAGGUGGUCAAGGCCCCUCCCCCUUUUUCGAAAUCUUCCGUGGCUACGUGCCCAACCUGAAAUCACUGAGUUUUACCCUUACGCGCGGUGGUCUGCCAAACAUCGGUGUCGAAAAUGUGCGUAUUAUAGGAAACUUCCUGGAUUCGAUCAAUGGACUUGAACAACUGUGUGUCACAAAUGCUACGAAUGGAUUCUUCCCUAUUUUGUGGUCUCAUGUCAAGAGACAUGGGCCUACUCUGAGGACUCUUAAGACGAGUAAUGUGCUGAAUGCCACGUGGAAAUGGACGGAGCCGGCUUUGCUUGAACUACUACAGUCCUGUCCGGAAUUGACGGAAUUGACAGUCGAUGUAGAGCUAGGACGUGGGAUACAGCCGAAUGGUGAGAAGGAGUCCGUUUGGCCCAAACGAUCCUUCUCCACCCUAAGCCAAUUCACCCUGCUACGUACCCUGCAUAUCGCCAUUGUACUCGACAAUCCAGAAACUAGUCCCGGGGGUUUAGCAGCCGCCAGCACUCUUGCUACUGAUAGUUUUGUCGACUUCUUUCGGCACAAUCCACUAAGCCGGUUGAGAAGUCUCCAGCUCACAGCCACGAAAGCAGAAUAUGCUCCUAUCCAAGAGAUUUACUACUCUAUUGUAGUCAUAAAUGUAAAAAGGCAAGAGAGGGAUGAUGCGCCGAGUCCUAUCAAUGGGGGAUUCGAGGUGGAAGCUAAGCGGAGGGAUGGUAGGAGUGGUUUGUGGGAGAAGUUGAUGCUUGAGAUGAGAGGUGGAUAG